GUGGCCAAUCAGGUGAUGGUAGCUGGCCUCCGAUCCCCAGGUAUAAAGGCAGUCGUGGGGAUUUAUGCUAUCUGUGGAAGAGUGGUAAGGAAGAGAGACGGAGCGUUAAUUGGCUGGUGGCAGGAAGCAAUUAUGAGCCUGACGUUUAUCCUUCUUGGGGCCGUUGCCGCCUUCGUAGCUGGUUAUGAGCCAGAUGGCCCACCCGUGCUUGUGGAACUCUUCUCCGACAUCGACCCGGCCUCCUGCAGGUGGAACAUGGGACAUGAUUUACAGGAAACUUACUACGCGCUGAAGGACACUGGGAUCAUGAACAUGUACCUUAACUUCUACGGACACACAGAGGAACCUAUCGGACCAGGCGAGUUCUACGAGCACAGACUGGCUGAAUGCGCUAUCUUCUACAGUAACAACAACGACACCCUGAUCGAAUUCUUCAGAUGUUUCAUGACGGAGGAACACUUCCCAGAGGCCGCCAUUGACGGAAAGCAUUGCGCAGAAAGUGUGGGCAUUGACUGGUCCGUCCUCGAAGGGUGUUACUUAUCCGAAGAAGGCGAGCAGCUUCUGAUAAAGGCCGGGGAAAAAUACCACAGCAUGAAGCCACCAGUUAGUUCUUAUCCAGAAUACUAUAUCAACAGCCAUCCGAGAGUACAGGCCUAUGGGAACCUCAAGAAAUACGUCUGCGAGGCUUAUACUGGGACUCCCCCUCAAGAAUGCGAGGGAUAGUGGCCUUCUCCUUUCCUCGUAUGAGAACCAAGAGCGAGUUUCAUUCGGCAACAGCAGCUGCAAUAGAUUUGAUUUGCACUAACUAAA